AUGUUGUCCACAGGAGUCAUAAGAAAGAGUUCAAGUCCUUACUCUUCACCAGUAAUUUUGGUAACAAAGAAAGAUGAUUCUUGGCGAUUUUGUGUGGAUUACAGGGCUCUCAACCAAGUAACAAGCAAGGAUAGGUUUCCCAUUCCGGUAAUUGAAGAACUGCUGGAUGAACUCAAUGGGGCCACAGUUUUCUCUAAAUUGGAUUUGCGUUCAGGUUAUCAUCAAAUUCGUAUGUCGGAAGAAGAUAUUCCCAAAACGGCCUUUCGUACUCACGAAGGGCACUAUGAGUUCCAAGUUAUGCCCUUUGGCUUAGCAAAUGCCCCCUCCACCUUCCGAGCUGACGACAUUCUGGUGUACAGUAAGACAUUCUCUGACCAUGUUGAGCAUUUAGCAACCAUAUUUGAGACCCUGCGACAACAUCAAUUGAAAGCCAAACUUUCCAAGUGUUCUUUCGGUCAACCUUUCAUUGAUUACUUGGGACACACUGUUUCAGCUUCUGGGGUUGCUGUAGACUCCAAAAAAAUUCAAGUUAUUCAAGAAUGGGAAAAACCAACAACAACUCCAAAUGCUACAGCAGCUUUCACUGCUCUUAAAAAAGCCUUAUCUACCACUCCAGUGCUAGCUUUGCCUGAUUUUACCAAGGAAUUUGUUGUAGAAUGCGACGCUUCAAAUGGGGGAUUAGGGACUGUGCUCUCUCAAGGAAACCACCCACUUGCCUUCUUCAGUAAAUCACUCUCAGACAAGAACUCAGCCUUAUCUACCUACGAUAAAGAGAUGUUAGCUGUGUUUCGGGCAGGAGCACAAAACAUUGUUCCUGACACUCUCUCUAGACGGCAUGAACUUCUUGCUAUCAUGGGUCUGACCAGCCUUAUAUUUGAUGGGAUAAAGGAGAUACAAACAGAUUGCAAAGCUGAUCCUAAGACUUCUGCUAUCAUUCAAACAAUUAUCAACAAUAGCAACACAAGAAAAGCAUACACCAUGAAGGAUGGAUCUCUCUAUUACAAGGAUCGUUUAUUCAUUCCUUCUACCUCUCCUUGGAGAGCUAAGGUGCUGGAUACAUUCCAUAGUUCUCCUGAGGCGGGUCACUCUGGCUUCCUUAGAACCUACAAAUGUAUCAGCAGAAAUUUCAGGUGGCAUGGAUUAAAAGGGGAAGUCAAACGCUUUGUGGCCACAUGCGACACUUGUCAACGACAAUCAUACGAAGCCAUUCGUCCACUUGGCUUACUUCAGCCACUUCCCAUUCCCUUAGGCCCAUGGCAAGACUUGGCAAUGGAUUUCGUGGAAGGGUUACCCUCUUCUAAAGGCAAAAAUUGUAUCUUAGUUGUGGUGGAUAGGUUGACCAAGUUUGCGCACUUUAUUCCUGUUUCUCAUCCAUACACUGCCUCUCAAAUUGCAGAAUUAUUCAUCAGAGAAAUUGUGCGACUUCAUGGCUACCACCCUCAAACCGAUGGCCAAUCGGAGGUACUGAAUAGGACUCUUGAGCAUUACUUACGUUGCUACAUUGGUGACAAGCCAACUUCUUGGACUUCAUGGCUACCUUGGGCUGAGUGGUGGUACAACACCACCUUUCACUCAGCCAUCCGUAUGUCUCCUUUCCAGGCUCUUUAUGGAUAUGAACCCCCCACAAUUGAAACAUAUGUCCCAGGUUCUUUUGUUGUUCAUCAGGUGGACAUCACCCUUCAGGACCGUGAUGCCUUACUUAGGCGAUUACGCCAUAAUCUCCAGCUUGCACAACAACGAAUGACAUUAUAUGCCAAUUCCAAACGCACUGAACGCGAAUUCCAGGUGGGUGACUGGGUUUUCUUGCGUCUACAACCUUAUCGACAGUCCUCCCUCUGCCAUUCCUAUUGUCCCAAGUUGUCCCCUUGGUAUUACGGCCCCUACAAGAUUUUGGCAAAGAUUGGCAAGGUUGCAUACAAGCUGGCUCUUCCCCCAAACUCCCGCAUACAUUCCACCUUUCAUGUGUCACAAUUGAAAAAAAAGGUCGGGGAUAAGGUCACCACCACCACAUCUCUGCCUCCUAUGUUCUCUGAUGGUGUCGUUCAAUUGAUUCCAGAAGCGAUUCUGAGCAGGGGCCUUGUUAAGCGACACAACCAACCUGUGACACGUUGGUUAAUCAAGUGGGCUGGUCUUCCGCAAGAGGAUGCUACAUGGGAAGAUGCCACCACUGUCCAGGCUCAGUUUCCAGAUUUCCCAGCCUGA